AUGGAAGACUUAUCCAUUUACCGGCAAAGUAAUCUCCUCUAUACACAGGAGCAGCUAUCAAGGUAUCGGCCUGGUGGGUACCAUCCAGUCUGCCUUGGCGACACCUUCAAGAACGGUCGCUACGAAAUACACCAUAAAUUAGGUUGGGGAGGGUUUUCCACCGUGUGGCUUGCCAAUGACAAAGAGAAAAACCGGUGGGUUUCGCUAAAAGUUCUGAAAGCAGAUACCUCCCAGGGAUCCCAAGAACUUCACAAUUUACAACUACUGGAAAAGCGUUCGCAGGGAAGGCUACCCUCGAAAUAUAUUGUUCCGUUACUCGACUCUUUCACUCAUCAGGGACCCAACGGAACGCACCAGUGUCUUGUAUUUGAGUUGCUUGGUCCCUCUGUUGAUAGGGUUCUUCGCGAUUACUACAGCUCUGGAGAUACCCUUGAGUCGGAGACUAUCCUUCGGAUGUCAGAACAGCUUCUAGAAGCCAUCAGAUUCAUCCAUGAUGCUGGCAUGGGUCAUGGAGAUAUAAGCGGUGGAAACGUCGCUUUCAGCUGUGGUCACCUCUCGAAUGUGACGAAAGAUGAGCUCUUCGAAGUCCUUGGUUUGCCAGAGUCAGAAGACUUGGUUCGCCUUGAUGGCAAGGCGCUAGACAAAGGCCUACCGAAACAUAUAGUAAAAGCCACAGAAUGGGACGAGUGGAUAGAUGAAGAUGAUGAAGACCUCCGGAUUCUUGACUUUGGAGAGGCAUUCCUUCAAGGAGACGAACCUAGAGCACUUGCUCAGCCAGGGCCAUUGCGAGUACCCGAGACAAUUUUUCUGCAAUGCUUUGACCACCGGGUCGACUUAUGGCGUGCAGGCUGUAUGAUUUAUGCGUUUAUAUUUGGCACAUAUCCAUUCCAAUACCUAGGCGAAGAUGAUGUCCUGGUUGCACAGAUGAUUGGCUUUGUGGAGGAGUUGCCAAAGGACUGGCAGCAAAUGUGGAAACGCAUGCGAUUGAACUCUAAGCAUAAGUUGGAACCGAGAGAGAGUGAGUGA